AGGUUUGAGGUCAGAUUUCAGCUGAGGAGACACAUAAUGGAGGACAACUGUUAGUACUGUUACUAGUAUUGUUAGUAGCGUUGUUAGUACUAUCAGACUACUGCUGCCUAUAAGGAUGGUCAGAGGGAAGACGAGGCUGCAGCUCAGAGUCAGGUCAGCGAUCACCUCACCUGUCCACCUGUCCCCUGUGACAUCAUCAUGGUUGUCAUGGUAGGCGUGGUCAGCUCUGUUAAAGCUCUGUGGGAGAGCAGGAUCACGAGGAGCAGGGAGGAGCAGGAGGAAGUGGAGGAGCUGAGGAGAAGGAGGAAGGACAGACUGGAUGUCGGGGUGUGGGAGGAGCGGGCGACACUGGCUCAACUUAAACAGAAGCUGACGACUGAAGAUGGACGACUGGUCCUCCGCAUUGAACAGGAGGACUGGAAGUCUUUGCCAGACUGCCUCGUCCAGUUGUCUCAGGUCCAGGAGUGGCAGAUCCACCGGACUGGCCUGCAGAAGAUCCCUCACUUCAUCUCCAGCUUCCAGAACCUUCUGGUACUUGAUCUGUCUCGCAACGGGGUCACUGAGAUCCCCAAACAGAUUGGGAAGCUGACCCGGCUCAGAGAGCUGCUGCUGAGCUACAACAGAGUCCACUUUGUUCCUGAAGAGCUAAGUUGGUGUGAGAAUCUUCAGACACUGGAGCUGGCCAUGAACCGGGACCUGGAGCAGCUGCCAGACCAGUUCAGAAACCUGAAGAAGCUGCAGCACCUUGAUCUGUCCAUGAAUCACUUCUCCUCCGUGCCGGACUGUGUGGUCGGGCUACCGGCGCUCGAGUGGCUCGACAUGGGCGGCAACUGUCUGCAGUGCUUACCUGAGGACAUACACAGGAUGGAUAAGCUUCACUCUCUGUGGCUGCAGAGGAAUGAGCUGGAGAACCUUCCAGAGAACAUCAGCAGGAUGGCCAGUCUUGACACCUUGGUUGUCAGCGGUAACCGACUGAGAGACAUCCCCCCUCUGAUGGAGGACAUGUCCAACCUCAGGUUUGUGAAUUUCCGAGACAAUCCUCUGACUCUGGACGUGACGCCGUUGAAGACCAAUGACGAUGAGGACGAAGAAGGCGAGAUGUUUGGACGAGAGUUCAUGAAGACGUACAUCCAAGAGUCGAGGAAGAGGGCACACUGCCCUCAACCGUUAGUAGGACACACCCCUUCAAAGUCUAACCUGACAGGCUAACAUCAG